ACCGUCGGGCCAAGAAACCGGAAGUUGUGUGUCUCGCUAUCGGAGGUCAAGUCAAGCUGGUCCUCCACAUUCAGGAUAAACGUUGGCCGGUGCUUCUCCGUGAGCACUGCUGCACGUCAGACUCCCGCCAUGGUGAAAAAAAGGCCCCUUCGUCUCAUCGCAGACAUGGCUCGGAAGGUCCGGGCGUACCGGGAGCUGAAGUCCCGGCCGCGGGACUCUCAGAAGUACGCCCUGGACUACGAGACGAUGAAGCGGCCUCUCACGGGGAAGAUGCUGCCUGUGCUGGCCUGGCCGGACGUCCGCAAGGAGAGCCGCCUCUUCGCCCUGCUGGCAGGCAUGAGGAUGUUCGGCAUGGGCCGCCUCUUCACCCGCAAGUCCUGGCUGGAGGACCACCCAGAGCCCAGCUACUGGCGGAUCACCAAGGUCAAGGUGGACUACACUGCUGAGAAUAUGGAUCACGGCAAAGUAUGGGGCAUCCUCACCCUCAAGGGAAAAUCUGAGGGCGAGGUCAAGGAGCUGGACAAGGUAAUGUACCACGACUGGCGCCUGGUCCCCAAACACAUGGAGCAGCAGAUGAAGGACUUUGAGCCGCUCCCCGAGCCGCCGGUGCGCUACGUGCUCUACCCUCCCCUGGUCCGCGCCAUGCUGCUGGCCCAGCACAAGAAGGUCUUCGGCAGCCCGGUGGCCGAGGAGCCGGUCUUGCCUUUAAAGAGGGAUGUCCUGCUCAACAAAGACUAUUUCCGCAAGAGGGAGCAAGAGAAUGAGAGCACGGAGGGGACACCGGUGUGAUACUUGUGGUUCUGAAGAUGACAAUCUUGGAUGUUUUGAACCAAAUCAGUGUUGAUGGAAGUUGGAUUUCUUCUGUCCAAGCACACUGGAAUCCGUCACCUCCAGAUCCCGAUAAAUCCUGGACUCGAAUGAUUUCUCUGCUAUUUUUAUCUGACACUGGCCUCUCGGAGUGUGAUGUGUAUCUGUGCAAUGUGGUAAAUAUUAAAUGUAAGAUAAAAUA